AUGAAAUUAUUUCCCUUUUUAUCAGGAAAAUUGCCCACUAUAACAAGAUACGAUGGGGAAAAAAUUAAUUUUUCUUUAACAGUUGAUAAAAAUAAAAAAAUCAAUAAUAAUAAUAAUAAUAAUAAUAAUAAUAAGGAUAAUGAUAGGGACAAUGAUAAGGAUAUUUUAAAUUUUGGUAAUUUCAACUUGGCUAAAAGUAACUCCAAUACUUGUUUCACCAAAUCAUUGAGAAACUCCUUUAGUGGUAAAGGUAUUGCAAUAUCAGCUUCAGACAAAUUCUAUCCAGAUUUAAUUGGUUUGAUUAAAGUUUUAAGGGCCUUGGGAAACACUCUCCCAAUUCAAAUUGUUCACAAAAAUGAUUUAUCGUUGCCUUUUCAAAAUAAAUUGAUUAAACUAGCAAGAUCUGAUAAUCUAAAGAAGUAUUUGGACUUGGAAUUUCCCAAACAAGAGUUAUAUUUUGUUAAUGUUGAGGAUUGCAUAUCUGAUAAUUAUAAGAGCUAUUUCGACGGGUUCUCGAAUAAAUUGUUGGCAUUGUUUUUCAAUUCAUUUAAUGAGAUAAUAUUGUUGGACACCGAUACAGUGUUAUUUGUUGAUCCAAACGAGUUUUUUGAAUUUGAGGACUAUAAGAAGAAUGGAGCAUUUUUCUUUAAAGACCGAGAGUAUGAAUUACGAUUUGAUUAUAAAGUAGAUUUAGAAUUUUUUGAAAAGUUGAUGCCAAAUGAUUUAGACGAGUUUUUUUUUAAUAUCAAUUUGAUAACAAAUAAGACAAAGAAAAACCGGUUUAUGAGUGGACUAAAACAUUACAUGGAAUCCGGAGUUGUAAUCAUUAAUAAGAAGACACAUUUCAAAUCUUUAAUAAACUCGUUAACAUUGUCGACAGUUCCGCAGUUUAUGGGUAAGAUUUGGGGUGAAAAGGAGUUGUUUUGGUUGUCGUCGUCGAUAAUGGGCGAUGAAAGCUACUCAUUCAACAACAUUGGAGCAGUGGCAAUAGGCGAGCUAUCAUUACCAGAACAGAGACCCAAUUCGAAGUCCAGAGAAGUCUGCUCUACGCAUCCAGGACAUAUUAGCAGCGAGGAUUCCAAAACAUUGUUGUGGAUCAACUCAGGAUUUAAGACAUGUAAAAAAGAAGGAAGUGAGGUGGUUGACAUGACACUUGACAGCUUCAAGAACAAGUACGAAUCAGUGGAGGAUUUGAAGAGCUAUUAUGAGACCCCAUUGAGGAUUACAGGAGCAAUACUUCCUCCAGAUGCCUCCAACGAGUUUUUGAACAACUUGGGCGAGCCCUCGAGAGGAUGGAGAAUGUUUGAGUCGUGUAAUGGAUAUCUCUGGUGUGGUUUCAACGUCGCUGGAGGAAACACUCAAAACCCCCAGGCAGUGGGCAAGGUGGUGGAGUAUAACGAAGAAGAACAGCAAUUCUUCGACUUUCUUGGUGAGUUGUGGAUAGGAAAGGGAAACGAUGAAUAA